UUUCUUCUGGCCAGCCCUGAGCGCCGGCCGUGGGGAGGGGUUGGGCGCAUGCGCGUUGAGCCUGGCCGUAGCGACGGUUACUGACGGUUUCUGUCCUUUUUGAAAAAAAAUUUUCUUCGUCUCUCUUUUUUUUUUUUUUUUUUUUUUUGAGGAGGGGGAAUAAGAUGGCGCUUGCCGCGCUCUGACUCAGGGUGAGGCGACGCGGGCCCUUGGGUGGGUCGCCGGAGGCCCGGCCGGGGGAUGGUGAGCGGGCCCGGCCCCGCGCAACCUGCGACGAGACCCCGCCUCCCGCCGCCGCCGCAGCAGCCGCCUCGGCCCCGCCGCGCCGCGUCGCGGGGAGAGCCGUCAGCCGGGCCCGGCCGCUGCCGCCUGUCCGCGAGGGGAGUGAGGGGCUGCCCCGCAGAGGUGUGGGAAAAAUGGCAAAGAGAAUUGCAGAAAAAGAACUGACUGACAGAAACUGGGAUCAGGAAGAUGAAGCUGAGGAGGUGGGAACUUUCUCAGUAGCUAGCGAAGAAGUCCUGAAGAACAGAGCUAUUAAAAAAGCAAAGCGCCGAAAUGUUGGAUCAGAGUCUGAAAGUGGAGGAGCUUUUAAAGGGUUUAAAGGCUUCAUAUUACCUUCUGGAAAAGCAGGAAGUGGCUUCAGUGGAUUUGGUAAUGGUGCAGGAAUAAAGCCUUUAGAAGGGCUGUCUAAUGGAAGCAGUAGUGUCUCUAGUACUCCUUCUUUCAGCAGUUUAAAGACAACCCCUGAAACAGAAAUGGCAUUUGGAUCCACAAUGUCAAAUGGUCCUACUGCUACUGCAUUCACUGAGAAGAAGGCUGCAAGCCCCAAAGCUAACGGUGGCAGUCAACCAUCAUCAUCUGGCUAUUCUCAGAGUAAAAUGUGUAGCUCUAGUGUUUAUCACAAACAGUUAGCAGCUUUAAACUGUUCUGUGCGUGACUGGAUAGUUAAGCAUGUGAACACAAACCCACUAUGUGAUCUGACACCAAUUUUUAGAGACUAUGAGAAGUAUUUAGCAAAUAUUGAACAACAACAUGGAAGCAGUAGUGAUAGUGGCUCUGAAAAUGAAGGCAACAAGACACCUAGCACUCAGUCUGUUUCUACAUUUGGGAAUUCAAAACCACAGCAAGGAUCAACAUUUUUGUUUGACAGCAAGAAAAAUGAGGAUACUUUGGACAAAAAUACUGAAGGUGCCUCAGAAAAGAGAGACCCAUCAGUAGGAGUUGCCUCAAAUGUCUCGUUUAAUUUUGGAAAAAGUGUCGACAGUUCUGUUUUGGGUUCCCUUGGUUCUGGAACACUAAGUAGUUUCUCGUUUUCUCCUGGAAACUCAGGUUUGUUUGGAAAAGAUGCAAACCAGGCUAAGCCUGUCACUGCAGUGUCUACCAGUAUACUGGAAGCUCAGACAGAAAGUGGCAGUAGUGAUGAUAAAGGGGGAGAAGAGGAGGAAGAAGAGCCACCAAAAGUCAUUGUUAAUGAAAUAAAAGAAGAUGAUGCUUUCUACUCAAAGAAGUGCAAACUGUUCUACAAAAAGGAUAAUGAAUUCAAAGAAAAAGGUGUAGGAACAUUACACUUAAAACCAGCAGGAAAUGAAAAAACUCAACUUCUAGUCCGAGCAGAUACCAAUUUAGGAAACAUACUGUUGAAUGUGCUAAUUCCACCCAAGAUGCCAUGCACAAGAACUGGAAAAAACAAUGUUCUUAUAGUUUGUGUUCCUAAUCCACCCAUUGAUGAGAAGAAUCCAACUGUUCCUGUCACUAUGUUAAUACGAGUGAAAACAAGUGAGGAUGCAGAUGAGUUGCACAAAAUCUUACUGGAGAAAAAGGAGGCUUAAAAAUAUUGCAGUCAGUGAUUUGAGGAAUUAUUGCCAAACUGCUGCUGUUUUUUUUUUUCCCCCCCUCCCUCUUCCAUAACUUCACUUGAACACUUAACUCUUUACUCUGAUAUUAAGAACUAUUACAGGAAUUCUGAGAGGAAAAGCUAAAAUAGCUAAUAAAAGCUUUAAUAGAACACAAGUGUUGGACUGUGCUCCGUCAUUUUCAAUAGCUAAAUGCAGGACCUCUUCUGGAUAAAGCAUAUUGAUUUAAAUCAAAGCAUAUGUUUUUAAACACUGGUCAUUUUGACUGAAUGGAGUGAAAUCAGAGUACAAAAUGUGGUACCAGAUAUUCCUCAUGGACUGUGGUGCAAUGCAACAAACCUCAUGUUUUGAGAAGCAGGACAUUGAAAUUUAACUGUUGAAACGGUUUCUAGAUUCCAGAUUUUUAAUAUUAAUUGGUCUGUCAGAUUCUUAUGCAACUAACUCUUUCAAAUUGUCAAUGACAAUGUACCGGAACAACAAAGCUACUCUAUAGCAUACUGUGUUUCAAUGCCUGCAGAUGUGUGUGUGUUUGGGACUCAGAGACUGCAUCUCCAGCUCUUUAAAAGAAAAAUUGCUUGUAUAGUCUUGUUGACAGUAGUGUUUCUUAGCGAAGAACUAUCAGUUCUGUUUUCACUGUAGCAACAAGCUAAUGAUGUGCAAUAGUAUAAGCAGACAACUGGAAGACUGUUUAUUUUUGACCACAAACACAGUUGGCAUUUACUGACUUCUGUCAAGUCAGAGGCAAAGGGUUGCGCUUCCAUUAUGGGCACUCUCAGAGGUAUUCUUCCCUAUUCCCUCAGGCUAAAACUGAAACACAGCAGAGGCAGAGUUGUAAAUCUUAUACUUGUCUUGCUACUAGUACUUUUCUGAAGUUGUCUCUUUUCACAAAUGUAAGUUUCAGGAUUUUUAUAAGUCUUUAUAUGGUCUCUGAACAUUACCAAGAGUACCUGCAUAAAUGGGUCUGUUAGUAACUGUUUUUCCAUGUGCUAAAACUACAGUGCAUUACAUUAAGCAUUGGGGCCUGGCUUGCAGUUUUUGCAACAAGCUUUCUUAUGCAAGCAGGAAUUGCUGGGUUAAUGGCUAAUGUAGAUUCCAGCUGGGUUAAAAUUAACCAUGUGGUGGUAAUUCACAGAUCAGAACAUCACUCUGUUCCCCAAUUCUUGCAAACUCCACUAGACCAUGGUUGGUUAUUCCUUGUCUUUUUUUUUUUUUUUUUUUUUUUUUGAAGUCUUGUCCCAGUUUGCUGGAAAUUCUUUCCCCCAAUGGUUUUCUUCCAGCUUCACUUCCAGCUCUGGAAACUGUGAAAAACUAGAUGCUAAUGUUAAACUUGAACUGCUUUCUGAUUUGUCACACUGACCAGCUCUUCAGAGAUGGAAGAAACAUGCCAACCUGUCUCUGUCUAAUCAACACAGAGAAAAUACCCAUUUUGGGGAAAAAAAGCAGCAUGAUGCAGUUCUCCCAGGACACUAUGAAUUUGAUCAUAGUGGCAUCCUGUGAGUAAGGGGAAAAAAAAAAGUGGUACCAUUUCAUUAGAUGUAGCAUAUCUUAUCUUUCUUCCCACUGGUCUGUAUGGGGGACAAAUGGCUUAAUUCAGUCCUAAUUAGCUGCACAAUUCAGGUUAUGGCCUUUUUCUCCUCUUAACCAAAAAGAGGACAGUCUUUAGAGGAUCUACAGCCCUCUUGACCAAAGUUGACUGCCUUGUUCAUGUUUCAGCUACACUGAGAUCACAGGCAUUGCAUUUUAAAACUCAAGUGUAAGGGGAGCACAGAUACUGUUUUCACGUACUUUUUGAAAUAUAAACUGGUGCCUUCUUUUGCAUCUGGUUUGGUAUUUAACCACUCAAAGUAAGUGGUAUUGGUUUCCUCAAAACAGUGUGGUUUUUUUGUUUUAAAGUCUUGCUGAUACCUAAAUUGGAGGCCAAAAUCUGAAGGCUUGCAUGUUAAUUGUGUGUGUAUGAAUGAAAAGCAGAAUAUUGCUUGAGAAUUUAUUAUAGGCUCAGGUUGAGUGUCCAAGGGCUCAAUUAACUUUGCAUUUGUCUUUUGACUAUAGUGUCUUAAAACAGGUCUUGGUGAAGCAAGUUCCAUAGACUACAGGUCACUGUUACAGUAAGCAGACUUAUUAUGCAUCUCACCUUCAGAGCAAUUGUGUAUAGAUUGUUUCAGGGGUUUCAGUUUUGUCUUUAUUUCCAAAAGCUCACAGAUGGAGCAGUCUGUUUCUUUAUCCAUUGAAAUGCGGACCAAUUAACUUACACUGUUGAGACACAAACAGACCUUUCCAAGUAUCCUUAAUGAAUUGCCUCUGAAAUGAGGCAGUUUUGGGGUUUUGCACAUACCUAUUUGUCCAAAUUCUAAAACUUGCAAACUGAGUAAUUGCUAAUGUAUCUUUGUUGUGUUUGGGCAUUUUGAGGGUGAGCAUAGAGCAUAAGAAAAAAAUAGAAUAAUUAAAUAAGUUGUGCCAGGAAAAAUUGAACCUUACAGUAUCCAUGGUAGCAACUAAUAUUUUCUGUUGUCUGUAGGAAAUAAUUAAGAUGAGACAUCUUAAUUCUUCAGCAAUGGUGUGUAUCAGUAAAGCCAGGGGAGGGGAUGUAGUGGGAAUCUUGUGUUAAAAAUACUAUAUAUCAAUUAGACUGUUAGAGAAAAAUAUAUGCAUAAACAGCUGAUGUUACCAAGUCUUUACAUUCCUCAUCCUGGUAUGGAAAAUUAAUGCUAAAAAUAGAGGAGAAAAGAAUUUCACUGAGAACUAGAGAUUUUAAUCAAUAUCAUUCCUAGUGACCCUGCAAUUAUCUGGAUUUCAAAGCAGGAAAAAUAAGGCAUGUGUUUCUCACUUUGUAUUCAGUUAUAAAGCACAACCGCUCUCCAAUAUUGUUAUAAAAAUACAUUUUUGAUAAUGCUUCAGUUUCUAGUUAAGAUGCCUUUAUAAAUAUUAAAAUAUAUAAUUAUUGUGAAAAGUCACAGAUUAUUAUAUAGAAAUUAAAGCCUAAAAUCAAUUAAAAGCAAAAGUUAAGUGGAGAACAUAGAAAAAAUGACUGAAGCUUUGCAUGAUGAAGUGGUGUGCUACACAAGGAAUUUUGAUCAGAAUUUGGCUUCGAUGAGGCAUUCCUGUAUCUUGGUACAUACACAAUAUUUAAUAGCUGAUACCUGAUGUUAAAGAUGCAAGUUUUCUCCCUAAUUUGAGUUAAUGAUUUCACUGUUACAGCUGUACAUAAGUGUUGGAGUAUCUUAUGGGUCAUACACAUUCUUGCUUUUGCUGUAAUUUUGAAGUUUCUGCUUCUUAGAAUUCUUCCCUUUCCCUCCCAUCUCCCACUCCCCUCAAAAGAAAAAAAAAAAUCAAGAGCUCUACUUCUUUUAAUUCCUAGAAUCAUCCAUAAAGGAGAUUAUAGUUGGUUUGAAUUUUAUUCUUAAAAAAAAAAUUUAUUUGCUAUUUAGCAAAUAAAUAGCAAAUAAAUUUGCUAUUUGCAGUUUCCUAAAAUGUACUUCAGGUCUGUUGGGGAGCACAAGAGUAAGUGUUCCUAUAGUUCCCUUUGGUUGACUGACAUGAAAAUUCAAGUUAAGUUUACAAUGAAGAAUCUUUCAAGUGAACAUGUAGUAUGUAAACCAAUUAAGAUGUAUGCUUUAAUUUUAAGAACUCUAGUUUAGCUCUCUUUACAGCACUGUAACAUUUUAAAUGUCCUUAAAGACUUUUUUUGAUGCCUUAAAUAACUUAAUUGCAUUUGCUAAAAUUUUGUAGCUGCUGCCUGUGUGCAAAAAUUAACUGACAUUAAGCAAUUUAAAGUGGCAUGAGCUAGUAUGAAUUCAAUGAAACUGCUGAAUGUGACAAUUUGUUAAUUAUUGUUAGUAGAUUUCAACUGCCCUGAAUUUUUCAGCGGAUACUUAUGUUGCACAUAACUUGUAAUGUAACAAUGUUUUCAUUAGUUUUAAUACAUUGAGGAAGUGUACAAAAAAGUCCAUGGAAAAUGUGAAUAAAUGAAUGGGAGAUAACAUA